AUUCUAGUACCUACGUAUAAGCUGGUCUGGGGUGGUGUUACUAUCAGUGAGUCUACACCGCAAAACGGACACCCGAAAAAAAAAAUGAAACAAGAGCGACGAGAACAAUCGUCAAUCCUCGAUUUUAAUAUAAACGCCAUUGAUAACGGCCGGAAUGGUAGCAGUUUAGCUUCGGGACUUGUCGAGUGCACUAGUUAGUCGUGCAAGAAGGUGAAACGGGAAAACUCCGGCAAUAGUUAAGUAGUCCAGUGCAAGCCGUGGUGUUGAGUAAAUCUUUGACAGUUCACAAAAAAUCCUUGAAGAUGUGCGAAAAGGGAUCGCAGUGUUACGAAAAGUACAAAGAGUGGGAGAAUAACGAGGAGAUUAAGAUCUUCCGGGAAUAUCUGCGCAUCCCAACGGUGCAUCCGGAUGUGAACUACGAUGAUUGCGUGGAGUUUCUCAAACGUCAAGCCGAAGGCCUGGAGCUUCCGGUGCGGGUGAUUGAGGUGAAUCCCCGGAAACCGAUCGUUAUCAUGACCUGGGAGGGUACGGAACCAUCGGAGAAAUCCAUCAUCCUGAACUCGCACAUGGACGUGGUGCCGGUGUAUCCGGAACGUUGGACUCAUCAGCCUUUCGGGGCUGAAAUGGAUAUGGAGGGACGGAUCUACGCACGUGGUGCCCAGGACAUGAAGUGCGUGGGGAUGCAGUUCUUGGCUGCGAUACGGGCGUUGAAGCGUGACGGUAUCAGACUAAAGCGAACCAUUCACGCUACGUUCGUUCCGGAUGAGGAGAUCGGCGGCAAGCUGGGCAUGAAGGAAUGGGUACACAAGGAUAGUUUCGGGGAGCUGAAUUGUGGAUUUGCCAUAGAUGAGGGCAUUGCUGGACCCGGCGAGGAGUUUGCGCUGUUCUAUGGAGAGCGUAGCGUGUGGCAUGUGUAUUUCCACAUUUCGGGUACACCUGGACAUGGAUCGCUACUGUUGAAGGGCACGGCCGGCGAGAAAGCACGGUACAUUAUCGACAAGUUGAUGGAUAUGCGAAAGCGGGAGGAAAAGAAGCUGGAAGACAAUCCGGAUUGGACGAUCGGUGAUGUUACUACCAUCAACAUUGUGAUGAUGUCGGGUGGAGUCCAGAGCAAUGUGGUUCCACCGGAGCUGAUGGUGGCCUUCGAUGUACGGGUCGCCGUAGAUGUGAAGCAUCUGGAGUUGGAAAACCAGCUGCUCGACUGGUGCCAUGAAGCUGGUGGCGGUAUUGAGAUCGAAUACGACCAGAAGUGUCCUUACGUCAAGCCGACAACUUUGGAUGGAUCGAAUCGCUACUGGGUAGCCUUCAAGGAUGCUUUGGAUGAACUGGGUCUGAAGGUUAAGCCGCAGAUCUUCCCCGGAGGAACCGACAGUCGAUACAUUCGUGGAAUCGGAAUCCCUGCCAUCGGAUUCUCGCCCAUGAACAACACACCGGUGUUGCUUCACGAUCACGAUGAGUUCCUGCAGGCUGAUACCUACCUGAGGGGCAUUGAUAUCUACAAGAAGAUAAUUACCAAUGUGGCUAAUGUUUAGUCGGAAUCCUGCAACGAGUGCCAAAGAAUUUAUCUUAGAAAAAACCUUCUAUUUGUGAAGCAUUAUUCCGGGAUGAUUCCGGAAAAUUCAAACCAAAAUUUAGUUGUUAUGUUACCUUAAAUAUUUUGCCUUAGCUAGUCAGUUGUCAAUCGCUGAAGCGAGAAUCGAUAUCAAAACAUUGUUAUAAAGUUCAGAAAUCUUCAAUUUCGAAGUCACUUAUUCGAUGCAAUUUCUGGAAACUUUUAUAAGGAAAAAAAAUGCGAGAUCUGAUUUACAAUUGUAAUCUAUUAAUAUGCAGAUUCUGGCUGUGAAUUUCGUUUUGUUGCAAAAAUUUUGAAUAUAAAAAUUCAUAUACCUAUCAAAAUUGAUACACUUAAGCUAUUUUAGAAAUGUUUUUUCAAUCAGCACCUCUUUGUCACGUUCCAAAUUUUUAUUCUUUUUAUACUCAAUUUUUUCCCUCAAUGUUAGCGUUAUGAACUUCAACUUCACCUGUGUUACAAAGACGCAACAAGCUCAAAGGUAUCGUUUGAUAGUUUUGAAAACCGAUUGAUUUUUAGACGGUCUACUACAAGAAUGAUUUCCAAAUUGUUUCUACACAUCGUUAAAUAAAGUUUUCCUUUACAAAACUGUUUUUUAUAAGAAAUUUUCAAAUAUAUCUAUGUUGAAAUAUCGUA